AUUGUUAAAAAAAAAAAAAAACAUCGAAGUACCAAUUAGAAUAUUUCCCGCUUAAAGAGGCGGGGAAUAAAUAACGUGUUGCUUUGCAACAAAUUUCGAUAUCUCCGGGGACACUCUUCUGUUACAUAUUAUCUCAUUUUAGAUACUCUUCCUUUUUUUACUUUUAUUUCUAUCUAUCUAAUAAAUCAUAAUCUCAAAUCUCAAAUAUAUAUAUAAUUACUAAAGAUUCUCAUUUUAAAGAUUCAUGAAUCUCUUAUAUAUAAAAGAUUCCUCCAAUAUUCUCUGACGUCUCUUUCACCAAUUCCAUAACCCUAGAUUUGACCACACACGCCGCAACAAUGGCUGCGAUUGAAUUACACAAGCCGGAGAUCAACGCCGAUGACGACGAAGACGAAUCACCGGUGGAGGAGGUUCGUCUCACUGUAUCGAACCACGACGAUCCUUCUUUACCCGUGUGGACAUUUCGGAUGUGGUUUUUAGGGCUUCUCUCUUGUAUUCUCCUCUCGUUUCUCAACACUUUCUUCGGAUACAGAACUCAGCCACUGAUGAUCACUAUGAUCUCUGUUCAAGUGGUUACGUUGCCUUUAGGGAAGCUUAUGGCUCGUGUUUUGCCUGAGACUAAGUAUAAGAUUGGUUCGUGGGAGUUUUCGUUUAAUCCUGGUCCCUUCAACGUCAAGGAACAUGUGUUGAUCUCUAUGUUUGCUAAUGCUGGUGCUGGAUUUGGAUCUGGUACUGCUUAUGCUGUUGGGAUUGUUGAUAUCAUCAUGGCUUUUUAUAAGAGGAAGAUUAGUUUCUUGGCUAGUUGGAUUCUUGUCAUCACUACUCAGAUUCUUGGGUAUGGUUGGGCUGGUAUCAUGAGAAAGUUAGUGGUUGAUCCUGCACAGAUGUGGUGGCCAACGAGUGUUCUUCAAGUCUCUCUGUUUCGUGCUCUUCAUGAGAAGGACCAUGCGAGAAUGUCGAGAGGGAAGUUCUUUGUGAUUGCGUUUGUUUGUAGCUUCGCGUGGUACAUAUUCCCGGCUUACUUGUUCUUGACCUUGUCAUCAAUAUCUUGGGUUUGUUGGGCAUUCCCUAAGUCUAUCACAGCUCAGCAGUUAGGCUCUGGAAUGUCAGGACUUGGGAUUGGUGCAUUUGCUCUUGAUUGGUCUGUUAUAGCUUCAUACCUUGGAAGCCCUCUUGUGACUCCUUUCUUUGCAAUUGUCAAUGUCCUUGUUGGUUACGUUUUAGUCAUGUAUAUGGUUAUACCAAUAUCAUAUUGGGGCAUGAAUGUGUAUGAAGCACACAAGUUUCCAAUUUUCUCGUCUGAUCUGUUUGAUAAGCAAGGGCAGCUUUACAAUAUAUCCACCAUUGUCAACAAUAAGUUCGAAUUGGACAUGGAGAGUUAUCAACAAGAAGGUCGGGUUUAUCUCAGCACGUUCUUCGCUAUCAGUUACGGGAUUGGUUUCGCAGCAAUAGUUUCCACACUGACUCAUGUUGCUCUCUUCAAUGGAAAGGGAAUAUGGCAACAAGUACGAGCUUCAACCAAAGCUAAAGUGGACAUACACACAAGGUUGAUGAAGAAGUACAAAGACAUACCAAGCUGGUGGUUUUACGGUCUGCUUGCGAUCUCAUUGGUACUAUCUCUUGUUCUCUGCAUUUUCAUGAAAGACGAGAUCCAAAUGCCUUGGUGGGGACUCCUUCUAGCAUCAUUCAUGGCCGUUACCUUCACUGUACCAGUCAGCAUUAUCACAGCUACUACUAAUCAGACCCCAGGUCUUAACAUUAUCACAGAAUAUCUCAUGGGUGUGUUGUUACCGGGGAGACCAAUAGCUAACGUCUGUUUUAAAACUUAUGGGUACAUAAGUAUGUCACAAGCUAUAUCAUUCCUUAACGACUUCAAGCUAGGCCAUUACAUGAAGAUACCACCAAGAUCGAUGUUCUUAGUCCAGUUCAUAGGAACGGUGAUAGCAGGAACAGUGAAUAUAUCAGUGGCAUGGUACUUGCUGACAUCAGUAGAAAACAUCUGCCAGAAAGAGUUGCUUCCUCCAAACAGUCCAUGGACAUGUCCAAGUGACAGAGUCUUCUUCGACGCAUCAGUGAUUUGGGGAUUAGUAGGACCCAAGAGAAUCUUUGGUCGGCUAGGAAACUACCCUGCAUUAAACUGGUUCUUCUUAGGUGGACUAAUAGGACCUCUCUUAGUGUGGCUUCUCCAAAAAGCCUUCCCAACGAAAACAUGGAUCUCGCAGAUCAAUCUGCCAGUUCUUUUAGGAGCAACAGCUGCAAUGCCGCCAGCGACAAGCGUGAACUUCAACUGCUGGAUCAUAGUUGGAGUGAUAUUCAAUUACUUUGUGUUCAAGCACUGCAAAAAGUGGUGGCAGAGGUAUAACUACGUGCUAUCGGCAGCAUUGGACGCGGGAUUGGCGUUCAUGGGAGUGCUGUUAUACUUUAGUUUGACGAUGAAUGGAAAAUCGAUAGAGCAUUGGUGGGGUGCUAAGGGUGAGAAUUGUCCUCUUGCUUCUUGUCCUACUGCUCCUGGCAUUCAUGUUGAAGGUUGUCCUGUUUUUUAAUGUCUUUAAGAUUUUUUUCCUUUUUGGUUCUUUUUUUUUUUUUUUCCAUUUGUUUUUAGACUUCAAUCAGAUUAUUUUUCUUUUGGAUUUUAAGAGAUCGUACAGAUUAACAAAUACAGACUCAAAUGAUUUUUUAGCGUUGUUGAUCCAUUUAUGUGUUAUACUAAAAUUUGGUAGAGUAUCUAGGAUUUUUAAAAUCUCAUAAUGACAAUCCCAAAAUUUAUACAGUAUUAAAGAAAAAAAUAAAUAAGACUGUCAAACCUUCAAUAAUUUGAGAUUAAAUUUAGAAUCAACCAUAUAAUUAUUUUGUUUGCCUAAAAAAGUUUAUAUACCUAAUUUGUGGAAACUAUAAGAUUAUAUAAUUAAGGAUGCAAAUACUCUAAAAAAACUGUAAUAUGACGCGUGGACUACAAGGAGAGUAGAGGAGCGUGGGUAUAGUGUGUCUGUGGUUAUCAAUUUGGAUUGACGCCAAAAAGUCAUUCAUUAGUUUGGUUCAACCAUAUUCAUCUAUAUUUUCCUUUUAUUUUAUUCAUUAUUAAUAAUUUGAGUCUCUCUCUCUCUCUCUCUCUCAAAAUCCGAGAAAACGAGGUUAAGAGAUCCGUGAUUGAAUUCUGAAAUUUGGUUUCUUCAGGUCUCUGAUCGUCCUGCUUCUUAUCUGAUCUGUUAUUUGCUUACAUCUCUCAACUAUAUAAGUUGUUUGUUAUUUUGACGA